ACCUGAUUGCCUGGGUCAAUAAAGCCUGCUGUGCAAGGAGCUCAUGUGCUUUUUUAGUUUGCUUUCUGUGGGCUCGAACUACUGGUUCAGGUUUCUUUGGUUUACCAGACGGAAACGAAGCUGCCGUCUUGUCUUUUCACCACAAUGCCUCACCGCCAAUGCCUUGUUGAGAUAUCAAACAACUCAAACUGCUACACUCUGGCCAAUCCAAGGGUGUUCACUGAGAGCGGCUACUGUGAGGUCCCUCUGCCGCCCAUGGUUGGUCCCUGCUCGGCUGUCAAAGCGCACUUCAACAAGACCACCGGCGCUGCCACGGGAGCUGUCGGUGUCUUCACAUAUGAUCUGUUCAAUGCAGACUUGAAUGACUACAGCCACAUCAUGGCAGUUAUGUUUUCUGUGCCCUAUGACAGAAUCCUCUACUCCAACUGGUGUGCUGUGGGGAUCCUUGCCAAAGGAAACUACUGUGACCACAGUCUUUAUGAUACUAUGUACAAUGGAAGUGAAAAUAAUUUUGUAAGAGGAAAGGCUGAUGGCUCCAACAUUUCUUAUGAGGGUGACUUUGUUAUUGUCAGUGCUUCCAUGUCAGACACUGGCGAAGCGGUCUUGAGGGUGGACAUCAGUGACACUGGCAUAUACUAGUCAAAAGAGGGGCCAUAUGAGCCAUAUGACACAAUGAACAUGUGAUGGUCAAAUUUAAAAGUGCAUUUACUUCUGUACACAACCCUGAUUAUCUUAGAUGUGAUAUUAAAAAUUUGAUGCCACAUCAGAAAUAAAAUACAUUUUCGUGUCCAGUAAAUUAAAGUAUUCUUUGUACGUGUCAGUGUCUACAUAGUUUAACAGGGCAGUAAUUUGGUCAUAUCUUGACCACAUGGAUGGUUAAUUAUUUAUUACAACCUUGAGACGCAUUUUCUUGAAUUGCAGAAUUAAAUGAUUGAAUAUCUUAAUUAAAUACACUUGUGUGUGUAUAUAUAUAUAUAUAUAUAUAUAUGAUAUUCUGCAUAUGCAUGAGUUU